UCUGUAAUUAUUGUCGUUCGUCUCGCGAACCCGCAAUCGAAUUGGUUUCAUCUCCCUGUGCACCUCUUUCGUAAUCUAGGGUUCUUAGUUCGAGCAUGCAGCCGAGCGGAGUGGUCCCACCGCCGAUGGCUCCGAUGCCGACGAAUCCGGCUCAGCAGCCGCCACAGUAUCAGCAGCCACCUCAGCAGUGGAUGUCUGUGCCGCCACCGCAACCGCAGCCUCCCACCGUCUGGCACCAGCAGCCACCGCCAAUGGCGCAGCAUGCUAUGCCUCAUCCUCAGCAGACGCAACAGUACGCUUCUCUCCCCUCCGGCACGACCGCCGCCUCUUCCUCGAGUCCCAGCGAGGUUAAGUCUCUGUGGAUUGGGGAUUUACAGUACUGGAUGGAUGAGAAUUAUAUUAAUACCUGUUUUGCUCAUACUGGAGAGCUUACUUCCUCAAAGGUCAUCCGUAACAAGCUAACUGGUCAAUCCGAGGGGUAUGGUUUUGUCGAGUUCAGGAGUCAUGCAGCUGCUGAGAAUAUAUUACAAACAUAUAAUGGGACAGCUAUGCCAAAUUCUGAGCAGAAUUUUAGGUUGAAUUGGGCAACACUUGGAGCUGGUGAGAAGCGGGAUGAUACUCCGGACUACACCAUUUUUGUUGGAGAUUUGGCUGCUGAUGUGAAUGAUUACUACCUGCUAGAAACAUUUAAAGCUGUGUACUCUUCAGUAAAAGGUGCAAAAGUUGUAACAGAUAGGAGCACUGGACGUUCCAAGGGCUAUGGGUUUGUUAGGUUUGGGGAUGAGAGUGAUCAAUUGCGCGCCAUGACUGAAAUGAAUGGUGUGGUGUGCUCAUCUAGGCCCAUGAGGAUUGGACCAGCUGCUAACAAGAACCUUGUGAAUACGCAGCAGAAAGCUACGUAUCAAAGUUCACAAGCUGGUCAAGGCGACAGUGAUCCAAAUAACACAACAAUAUUUGUUGGUGGUUUGGACCCCAAUGUUUCAGAGGAGCUUAUGAGGCAAGUAUUUUCACCUUAUGGUGAACUUGUUCAUGUCAAAAUAGUUGCGGCUAAGCGCUGUGGUUUUGUUCAGUUUUCUAACAGGCCUUCUGCUGAGCAUGCUUUAUCAAGCCUUCAGGGCGCACAGUUAGGAGAACAGAACGUCCGGCUUUCGUGGGGACGAAACCCCUCUAACAAACAGUCGGACCAGACCCAGUGGGGUGGUGGUGUUGGUGGUUCUUAUUAUGGGUAUGCACAACAAGGGUACGAUGCAUAUGGAUACGCUCCGCCUCCACAAGACCCUAAUAUGUACUAUGGAAGUUACCCAGGAUAUACAAAUUACCAACAGCCACAACAGUGAUCACUCUAGGGCUGGAGAUUGGUCUACCAUGGCAACUAGGUCCAAUGUUUUCGAUUAUCAAUGUAAUGUGAUUGGUUAUAUGACAAUGAUGAUGCUUGGCAUGGCACCCUGACUUCUAAGUUUAUUAUUAUGAUUUUUAUUUAAUUGGAAAUUUGAGUAUCCUAAAGUACUAGGAGAGGACACGGUUCGUGUGGAUGUGAGAGUAAUCCUUGUUCAAACAACGUGUAGUCCAUUUUGCUGUUGAAAUCUGUCUAGUGUUCCUUUGAUACUUUGUUGUUUAUUCCAGACCAUGUUAUUACUCCAUACUAUGUUGUUUAUCAGUUCUA